GUGAUUGGGAGUCUCAUAUGCGGCACAAUUGGCUCAGCGUCGUCCGGGUUUGGCCUGUGUAGACCGUCAUUGUAAAUAAGAAUUCGUUCUUAACUGACUUGCCUAGUUAAAUAAAUAAAAAUGUGUCUGGGUAGCUUGGUCUUCAAACCAGCAUGGACCAAAAGGAAAGGGGGUCGUUUAAAACUCUGAUGCAGUUGGUAUGUCAACACAUCAGUCAGCACUUCUGUGAAUCGCAUCACAAGAGACAUGCCAAAUGGGAGAUUUGCAAUUUCAAUGUUGUGUGAGUUGCUUUGUGUAUUACUGCAACACUGCUCACUGCAUCCUUCACAUAGGCGUUUCAUAGAGCUGCCAGUCAUCAAUAUAAACUCCCCACCCACUCAGCCUGUUUUUAAAACUUUCUGGUAGUUAGCCACGGGAGAAAAAUCGAGCUUUCUUAUAUUUUUAGCAUAUAUUUCAGUUACAAACGUCUAUUUUACAAUGGGAAUCCGAAUGACUGAUCAGGACCUUUAAACUCCUCCCAGUUGUUUCUUUUUUUUACGGAAACGGGCGGGGUAGUGCACAGGUACGGUGAAAUCUCGAAGCUAGCUCUCGUCUGGCGGACUUAUUACUUUUUCAGUAAACAAUUAUGGCGGCCGCGGAUCCCUGGUCCUCGAGUGACGACGGGCCCGCAAGUAGAGGAGGGUUCCCGGAUGGUGAGAACAGCAACGAGCGCGAUGGCCCCGGAGGAAGCGGCGGAGAGGCAGAACGCAAGUCAGAUCGGGCCACAUUCGAAUGCAACAUUUGUUUGGACACAGCAAGGGACGCUGUCAUCAGUUCGUGCGGGCACUUGUUCUGCUGGCCCUGCCUUCAUCAAUGGUUGGAGACACGGCCCAGCCAACAGCAGUGUCCUGUGUGUAAAGCAGGCAUCAGCAGAGAGAAAGUCAUCCCCCUCUACGGCAGAGGAAGCUCCAGCCAAGAGGACCCCAGGUUGAAAACCCCACCUCGUCCUCCGGGACAGAGAACAGAGCCAGAGAGCAGAGGGCCCUUCCAGGGGUUCGGGGACAAUGGCUUCCACAUGUCCUUUGGGAUCGGUGCUUUCCCUUUCGGCUUCUUCACCACAGUCUUCAACACCAACGACCCCUACCACAGAGCAGACGCAUAUGCAGCCGAUCACCAAGGCAACGGCAACAACUGGCAGGACUCUCUCUUCCUGUUCGUGGCCAUCUUCUUCUUCUUCUGGCUGCUGAGCGUGUAAGGGAGAGGGAGGGAAAGGAAAGGUGCCCACACUCAUACACACGUCAAAACACCAGGAACGACCGACUUACUCAAUAUUGGCUGAGUCUCUGUGGGUUUUUGCUCUUUCUUUCUACUUGAUUGAUGGAUUAAGGUCACUAAUUAGGAAAUAACUCCCCUCACCUGCUGUCUAGGUUUUUAUUUAAAGGAAAAAACAAAAACCCGAAGACACCAGGCCCUCCAUGGAAUAUUUGACACCUCUGCUUUAGACUAUAGAUGGGUGGUGGUGGGAUGACUGGCGGUUCACUCUUAGCAAGAGCUAUCUAGUUCAGGAAACACAAACCAGUCAAAGAUUUGUGUAUCCCCCAAAUGAUUUACGAGACUCACUUGGAUAGGGAGAGUACACUGAGACACCACUCUGGUGGUGGAUGAUACCCAAGCGCGAGGGUGAGUAAAGCGAAGACACUAUCGCCCUCUUUCUGUGGAAUUUGUACAUAAAUGCGCACACACACAGGGUUGGGGCGGCUGGCUGACUUUUAGGGAUGGGACUGGUGGAUAGUCAAUAUUAAAUGAUUGGAAUGAUUUAAUAGUAAGUUAGGGGAUGAUAAGUAAUUUUACUGCACCACAAAAGCUAUGUAAUAUGUGGUUAACGUAGAACUAUUUAGACAAAAUGGAAUUACUUGUUUUUGCCCCUUGAAGGAAUUUCAGGUUUAAUUCCCCAAAUAUUAGAGCUUGUUUGAGUUUUAAGGGAGGGUGAGAAUGGGAUUUACCUGAUAACAUAAAUGUUUUUCUUUAAUCGCUAUAGCCACUUUUUUCCAGGCCAAAGAGUAACGUAUCACCGUCAAGUACAAUUUGGGGAAAAUGUAUUUGGAUAUUCCUGUUUACAAUUUAACUGAUUAAAUAAUUUGUCCGUAGAUUUACGAACCCAAUUUAUGAAUAUUCUUUAGACUAGUGUACAGAUGGGUACACUAAUAACUUUAUAUAUAAUCUUAACAAACUGCCAUUGCACUGUGAAGUCAUAUAGAGAAGACAGACCUAAUAAUGUGGAUUAGAGCUACAGUGUAUUCGGAAAGUAUUCAGACCCCUUCACUUUUUCCACAAUUUGUUACAGCCUUAUUCUAAAAUGGAUUCAAUAAUUUUUCUCAAUCUACAGUCGUGGCCAAAAGUUUUGAGAAUGACACAAUUAUUAAUUUCCACAAAGUUUGCUGCUUCAGUGUCUUUAGAUAUUUUUGUCAGAUGUUACUAUGGAAUACUGAAGUAUAAUUACAAGCAUUUCAUAAGUGUCAAAGGCUUUUAUUGACAAUUACAUGAAGUUGAUGCAAAGAGUCAAUAUUUGCAGUGUUGACCCUUUUCCAAACCUCUGAGAUCCGCCCUGGCAUGCUGUCAAUUAACUUCUGGGCCACAUCCUGACUGAUGGCAGCCCAUUCUUGCAUAAUCAAUGCUUGGAAUUUGUCAGAAUUUGUGGGUUUUUGUUUGUCCACCCGCCUCUUGAUGAUUGACCACAAGUUCUCAAUGGGAUUAAGGUCUGGGGAGUUUCCUGGCCAUGGACCCAAAAUAUCGAUGUUUUGUUCCCCGAGCCACUUAGUUAUCACUUUUGCCUUAUGGAAAGGUGCUCCAUCAUGCUGGAAAAUGCAUUGUUCGUUACCAAACUGUUCCUGGAUGGUUGGGAGAAGUUGCUCUCGGAGGAUGUGUUGGUACCAUUCUUUAUUCAUGGCUGUGUUCUUAGGCAAAAUUGUGAGUGAGCCCACUCCCUUGGCUGAGAAGCAGCCCCACACAUGAAUGGUCUCAGGAUGGUUUACUGUUGGCAUGACACAGGACUGAUGGUAGCGCUCACCUUGUCUUCUCCGGACAAGCUUUUUUCAGGAUGCCCCAGACAAUCGGAAAGGGUAUUCAUCAGAGAAAGUGACUUUACCCCAGUCCUCAGCAGUCCAAUCCCUGUACCUCUUGCAGAAUAUCAGUCUGUCCCUGAUGUUUUUCCUGGAGAGAAUUGGCUUCUUUACUGCCCUUGACACCAGGCCAUCCUCCAAAAGUCUUCGCCUCACUGUGCGUGCAGAUGCACUCACACCUGCCUGCUGCCAUUCCUGAGCAAGCUCUGUACUGGUGGUGCCCCGAUCCCGCAGCUGAAUCAACUUUAGGAGACGGUCCUGGCGUUUGCUGGACUUUCUUGGGCGCCCUGAAGCCUUCUUCACAACAAUUGAACCGCUCUCCUUGAAGUUCUUCAUGAUCCGAUAAAUAAUUGAUUUAGGUGCAAUCUUACUGACAGCAAUAUCCUUGCCUGUGAAGCCCUUUUUGUGCAAAGCAAUGAUGACGGCACGUGUUUCCUUGCAGGUAACCAAGAUUGACAGAGGAAGAACAAUGAUUCCAAGCACCACCCUCCUUUUGAAGCUUCCAGUCUGUUAUUCGAACUCAAUCAGCAUGACAGAGUGAUCUCCAGCCUUGUCCUCGUCAACACUCAUACCUGUGUUAAUGAGAGAAUCACUGACCUGUCAGCUGGUCCUUUUGUGGCAGGGCUGAAAUGCAGUGGAAAUGUUUUUUGGGGAUUCAGUUCAGAGGGACUUUUCAAUUCAUCUGAUCACUCUUCAUAACAUGCUAAUUGCCAUCAUACAGACUUUGUGGAAAAGUAAUAUUUGUCAUUCUCAAAAGUUGUGGCCACGACUGUACACACAAUACCCCAUAAUGACAAAGCAAAACCAUUUUAGAAAUAUUUGCAAAUUUGUUAAAGAAAAAAAAAAAGUAUCACAUUUACUUAAGUAUUCAAACCCUUUACUCAGUACUUUGUUGAAGCACCAUGGAAUAUUUGACACCUCUGGUGUUUUGUCCAUCAUAUUAAAGGGAUACUUUGAGUGUUCUUGAGUAUGACGCUACAAGCUUGGCACACUUGUAUUUGGGGAGUUUCUCCCAUUCUUCUCUGCAGAUCCUCUCAAGAUCCAGGUUGGAUGGGGAGCAUCACUGCACAGCUAUUUUCUGGUCUCCAGAAUUGCUCGAUCAGGCUCAAGUCAAGGCUCUGGCUGGGCCACUCAAGGACAUUCAGAGACUUGUCCCGAAGCCAGUCCUGCAAUGUCUUGGCUUUGUGCUUAGGGUUGUUGUCCUGUUGUAAGGUGAACCUUCGCCCCAGUCCGAGGUCCUGAGCGCUCUGGAGCAGGUUUUCAUCAAGGAUCUCUGUACUUUGCUCUGUAAAUCUUUCCCUCGAUCCUGACUAGUAUCCCAAUCCCUGAUGCUGAAAAAUAUUGCCACAGCAUGAUGCUGCCACCACCAUGCUUCACCGUAGGGAUGGUGCCAGGUUUCCUCCAGACGGGACGCUUGGCAUUCAGGCCAGAGAGUUCAAUCUUGGUUUCAUCAGACCAGAGAAUCUUGUUUCUCAUGGUCUGAGAGUCCUUUAGGUGCCUUUUGGCAAACUCCAAGCGGGCUGUCCUGUGCCUUUUCCUGAGGAGUGGCUUCCGUCUGGCCACUCUACCAUAAAGGCCUGAUUGGUUGAGUGUUGCAGAGAUGGGAGAACCUUCCAGAAGGACAACCAUCUCCACAGAGGAACUCGGGAGCUCUGUCGGUGACCAUCGGGUUCUUGGUAUCCUCCCUGACCAAGGCCCUUCUCCCCCGAUUGCUUAGUUUGGCUGGCCGACAAGCUCUAGGAAGAGUCUUGGUGGUUCCAAACUUCUUCCAUUUAAGAAAAUAAAGGCCACUGUGUUCUUGAGGACCUUCAAUGGUGCAGACAUGUUUUGGUAUCCUUCACCAGAUCUGUGCCUCGACACAAUCCUGUUUCGGCGCUCUAUGGACAAUUCCUUCGAUCUCCUGAGUUUGUUUUUGCUCUGACAUGCACUGUCAACUGUGGGACAUUUUUAUAGACAGAUGUGUGCCUUUCCAAAUCAUGUCCAAUCAAUUGAAUUUACCACAGGUGGACUCCAAUCAAGUUGCAGAAACAUCAAGGAUGAUCAAUGGAAAUGGGAAGCACCUGAGCUCAAGAUCGAGUUUCAUAACAAAGGGUUUGAAUACUUAUGCAAAUAAGUUUUUUUGUUUUAUUGAAUACAGUUGCUAAAAUUUCAAAACCUGUUUUUGCUUUGUCAUGGGUUAUUGUGUGUAGAGGGAAAAAAAAUAUUUGAUCAAUUUUAGAAUAAGGCUGUAACAGAAUGUGGAAGAAGAGGUCUGAAUAUUUUCCAAAUGCACUGUAUAGUGGAUAUAAUCACACGAUUUAAGAGUUCUUUACAAUAGUGUUAGUCUGAGUCAUGAGGAUAGUGUAUGGGAAGACUGGAGUGGGCAGUAUUGUAUUGUGUACAGUUGUGCUUUGUGGAGAAUUGGCCACAUAUGAGCAAAUAGUCUGGGGACAGUUUUUGUAACAUUUAAAUCUACAAAGCAAAAUGAUCUGGAAUUGAAUUGAACACAACACAGGAUCAUUCGAUCUGGAUUAAAUGUUCUGAAACUGGCCCUGGGGGUUUUGUUGCUGGGCAGUGCUGCACAGGAAAAGAUGACAGCAGCGUCACAUUCAUUAAAACACAUUUUGCAACAUGUGUUUAUUGGACAAAUUCAGGACUGUUUCAGUUCACUGUUUUAUUCCGCUUUGUGCCUACUGAACACGGCCCAGGUGCAGAAGUCAAUACAGUGUUUGCCAGAGCCUUUUUGACCCAAGUCAGAAUGAGUAUUUGUCAUUAUCAUCUGCAGCCAAGAAAACAACAUGCAGUGAGAAACAUGAACUGUUCCCAAUGUGACAUGGACUAUUAUCUUAUUUCUAUUGCAAUGAGUGUUUCUCCUGAUUGUGUUUGUGUGUAUCGGUCUGUGGUUGGGUGUGUGUAUAUAUUUGUAUAUAUGAAUAUUGUAAAUGCUGUUUUUACCUUUUUCUGAACGACCAGCCAUGGGAUUGAGACAAGAUGUGAGAGACCUCGGGUUUAACCAGGCAACCUGACAUGUGGCCGAGUCCCCCUCUUCCACUAGUGAAAGACAAGUUACUCAUUUGUACUCGUACAACGCUCAUUGAAUGGUACAAUCUAUUACAUAUGAUGCACAUAUGAGCCAACCAGAGGCGAGUGAGCAGUGUAUGAAAAGGAAACUAACUCCUAUUUCACCCUACCCAUUUAAUUAUGAUACAACUCCUGUGAAGUAUAUGAAAUGGGCUCAAGAUCAAGUGUCCAAGAACUCUGUAGCACCUUAAACACCAGCCAUGCAAGGGGUUGAGGAAAGGAAGGGCAUAAAGUGGUAGCUGUG